AAGUCUUCCCUUUCAAGCAAAGCCUCAAGAAGCAGCAGCACCGGAGAUCCCUUCUCCUCUCUUCCUUCUUCCCCAAAUGGUAGCUGGCCUCCUCUAGCUCCUCCAACCACCUGCCAACUGCCAGCCGCUCUACACCAUGCCGGGACUCGCGACCGCCGACGCCUCUUCCUCGCCCCCGGCGGCGCCGGCGCCGGCGCCGCGGCGGCUGUCGUCGCCGCUGCCACGGCGCGCGCCGCCGUCGCCGUCGCCCUCGUCCGCGUCGCGCGCCAAGCCGGCGAGGAAGUCGCUUGGGGGGCAGCAGCAGGCGGGCCCGGAGACGGACGAGGCGGCGCUGGACAACCCGGAUCUGGGCCCGUUCCUGCUCAAGCAGGCGCGGGACGCCAUGGUGUCCGGGGAAGGCGGGGGAGCCGCGCGCGCGCUCGAGUUCGCCGAGCGGGCGGCGCGCGCGCUCGAGCGCCGCGGGGAGGGCGCCGAGCUCGAGCUCGCCAUGAGCCUCCACGUGGCCGCCGCCAUCCACUGCGGCCUCGGCAGGCACGCCGACGCCGUCCCCGUACUCGAGCGCGCCGUCGCCGUCGUCACCGUGCUGACGCCUCCGCCCGCCGCGGCCUCCGGGCCUGAAGGGGACGCGGAGCAGGUCCCGCCGCCGCAGCAGCAGGAGGAGACGGAGGAGGAACAGCGGAAGGGGGAGGAGUGGGCGCUCGCCGCCUUCUCCGGCUGGAUGCAGCUCGGCGACACGCACGCCAUGCUCGGCCGCAUGGACGAGUCCAUCGCCUGCUACGGAAAGGGCUUCGAGAUCCAGAUGGGCGCCCUCGGCGAGCGCGAUCCCCGCGUCGCUGAGACCUGCAGGUAUCUGGCUGAAGCUCACGUGCAAGCUCUGCAGUUUGACGAGGCAGAGAAGCUGUGCCGCAAAGCUCUCGAGAUCCACCGGGAGCACAGUGCCCCCGCGUCGCUCGAAGAGGCCUCUGAUCGCCGCCUCAUGGCCCUUAUCCUCGAUGCCAAGGGUGACUACGACGGUGCCCUCGAGCACCUCGUGCUUGCCUCCAUGACAAUGGUUGCCAAUGGACGCGACGUCGAGGUUGCCACGAUCGAUGUCGCGAUCGGCAACACCUACCUGGCCCUUGCUCGUUUCGAUGAGUCCGUCUUCUCCUACCAGAAGGCGUUGACUGUUCUCAAGUCUGCCCGUGGCGAUGACCAUCCUUCAGUAGCUUCCGUCUUCGUCCGCCUUGCAGAUCUCUAUCACCGUACGGGGAAGCUCCGUGAGUCUAAAUCCUACUGUGAGAAUGCCCUCCGUGUCUAUGCAAAGCCUGCGCCUGGUGCUGCUCCUGAUGAGGUUGCUGGAGGCUUAAUGGAGAUCGCUGCCAUCUAUGAGGCGCUUGGAGAUCUUGAUGAGGCACUAAAACUUCUUCAAAGGGCACUGAAGUUGCUUGAGGACUCACCAGGGCAAUGGAGUACCGUUGCUGGAAUCGAGGCACAAAUGGGUGUGUUGUACUACAUGAUAGGGAGGUAUGCUGAUUCAAGGAACUCAUUUGAGAGCGCAGUUGCCAAAUUGAGAGCUAGUGGGGAGAGGAAGUCUGCAUUUUUCGGUGUUCUACUGAACCAGAUGGGGCUAGCUUGCGUACAGCUGUUCAAGAUUGAUGAGGCUGCACAGUUGUUUGAAGAAGCAAGGGCAGUUCUAGAGCAGGAGUGCGGUGCCUCUCAUCCAGAUACUCUUGGCGUGUACAGCAACCUGGCUGCGAUCUAUGAUGCCAUGGGAAGAGUGGAGGACGCCAUCGAGAUCCUGGAGCACGUGCUCAAGGUGAGGGAAGAGAAGCUGGGCACGGCGAACCCCGAUGUGGAGGACGAGAAGAAGAGGCUGGCGGAGCUUCUGAAAGAGGCGGGGCGGUCCCGGAACAGGAAGCAGAAAUCGCUGGAGAACCUCUUCGGGAGCAACGCGCAGCGGGCCAAGAAAGACGCUGGCGGGAGGAGGUGGACCAACUUCGGGUUCAGGAGCUGAGAAACCACCACAACCCUCGCCUCGGUACCUUGCCUCACCCCCAUCCGGUGGGCACUGGUGCUGUGGCGACCUCUGUAACAUAAGGAGACAAAAAAAAAUCAAGGAAGAAAAAAGCAUGUGUAAAGAAAGGUGUUGUUGGGUAGAGUAGGAAGAAGAAGAUGGUUCUUGCUGUGUUUGCAGUUUGAGAUUUCUACAUGUCUUGUUGUGUAUUAUUAUCAUUUGUCACUGGAAGUAUUUACUAUUACCUUGGAUUUUUUUUUUGUUGGUUUCCAUCGGUUAGCUUGCUCUCUCCUGUUUGUACCUGGAUAAUAAUGAUACUAUUGGUUAAUUGUGCUGCUGGUGGCUGUUGAAAUGUU